CUACGGGCCUAUUUCUUCAGUGCCGACACUUUUAUUCUAUUCUAAAGCAUUUUCAAAGUAGGUCGUGUUCGGCUGCGUUCCCGCUUGUGAACGGUGAAGCACCACAGAGGCACAGACCACACAUCUGCCGUCUGGCGUCUGCAACAGUUCCAUGGGAAAUUGUACGACGAAGGCACAAGGCAGUUUCAGUAGUAAUUUUGAAUUGGAGGCUAGCAGUCUCCUUCCAAAGCGUGAAGGAAUGGAAAUUUUAGGUCUCAUUUACUGACUCGCCUUUUUCGUAUUUUAUCGUUUAGGGCUUCGACAUGGAUACUAAAAAUGACAGCAUAAUAUUGGCAACGGCAAGUUAUGAUUUUGAUAUUAAAAUUUGGCACGCACACAAUGGAGAAUGCGCAAGGACUUUUUCUCAUCCGGAGAGUCAAACCAAUGCACUUGCCAUCAGUCCAGACCGCUUCCUGUUGGGCUCUGCAGGUUACCAACAUGUUCGCAUGUAUGACAUCAAUAGCAACUCCCCCAACCACCUCAUCAGCUAUGAUGGAAUUCAAAAAAAUGUCACAGCACUUGGCUUCCAAGAAGAUGGAAAGUGGAUGUACACAGGCGGGGAAGACUGCACAGCUAAAAUCUGGGAUAUAAGAGGAGCACGAAGUCUGGUGGUGGCAAGAAUAUUCCAAAUAGAUUCACCAGUGUUAUGUGCAACAUUACAUCCUAAUCAAGCCCAGCUCUUCAUUGGGGACCAAUCAGGUAUCAUCCACAUCUGGGAUGUGAAGACCAAACACAGUGAACAGCUGAUUCCCGAGGUGGAAGCUUCCAUCCAGCACCUAGACGUGAGCAGCGACGGCAAGAUGCUUGCCGCCGUCACCAACAAAGGAAGGGCGUACGUCUGGCGGCUGGAUGGCAGCUCUACUGGAGCACCUCCGAGAAUUGUGCCUGUCCACAAGAUAAACGUCCACUCAACAUACGCUCUUAAAGUACGCUUCGCACCCGAUUGCAAUACGAUGGUGACAACAUCAGCUGACUGUACGGCAAAAAUAUGGCGGACCGACGAUUUUUCUUUAGUGACAACUCUGACUGACACGCAGCAAAAAUGGGUGUGGGAUGCUGCUUACUCGGGGGAUUCACAAUACCUUUUCACUGGAUCAUCGGAUUACGUGGCGCGGCUAUGGUCAAUCAAAACGUCGUCCGUGAAGCGACGGUACCAGGGGCACCGUAAAGUCAUCACGGCACUUGCCUUCAAAGACCGCGUUCUGUAGCGCAUCUUCCUCAGCACAACAGCGUUCCUAAGAGACGUAAUAUAACGAAAAGCUCCUGCGUAAUAAUGAAGAGAAGUUCCUGCGAAUGCUAAGUCUGGUAAGACGUCUGGCUCUCAUUAAUUAGGAGCUUGCACUGAGAAAAUAUGCAUAUAUGCUUGUGAUAGUUUUAAAUUACUGUGAAGACAAUUACUGAAUGAGCUAGUUGGUCUCUCUCUCUCAUCAUCACUUAAUAUGUGAUAACGAGUCGUGAGAAUGCGGUCAGUACAAUGUCGAAGGACCAAAAAAAUGAAUUUCAUUGAAAUAUUCGCUUCAUUAGUAGAGAAUUUGCGUGUAACUCCAGAUUAUUAUCAGUUUAAAGGCUAAGUGCUUGCAGCUUUAACAGUUUUUAGAACUCGUGAAUAUUUCUUACUCGUACUAGGAGGGUCAGGUCACGAGACAGCAAUAUGCUGUGAAAUGUAGUUCUAGUUAUAUUAAUUGGUGUUGAUGUCUCGCUAAGCAUGUGCUUGAUGACGACUGUUCAUCAUGUACAAGGAUUUAAACCUCAAAAUAAAUGCUGUAUAAAUAUCCUAUUGUUAUAGAUUUGUAAUAAAAAAUGUUCGAGAUCUAAAACUAUGUUCUAAUUUGCCUAAUGCACACAAGAACUUUUUCUCUGCUAAAAAAUACACGUUGCAGCACCGUAUGCUUCAUCGUGCUCGCAAAAAUGUUCUAUUGGAACGAAAACCACCAAAUCUCGCAAUAAAUUUAUUUGAAUUUUCAUGGUUUCUUGGGGUGCUUGAGGCUGUAUUUCUUGCACGCGGCUGUUUUCUGUUUCUUCUCCCUGUUUGCUCUGAACAUGUCCUGUUCUUUCUUCUUCUUGAGGAACUUUGUUUUCUUGGCCUUCAUGGCGAUCUUG